AUGGUGAAGCUCCUUGGGCUGUUGUCUGCGGCAUGGUAUGCAGUGAGCCAUGUUGCCGCCAUCUCGAGCACAGGAAACUCGGUGUUGGUCGUCUUGGAUCCGAAAUUGAAGCGAGACGAUUAUUCCGCUUUCUUUAAUGGGCUCAAAAAACGGGGGUACAACUUGACGUUCCGGGCGCCGAAAGACGUGUCACCGGCAAUUGCUGAAUUCGACGUCCCCGCGUUCUCGCAUGUCAUUCUGUUUGCUCCAAACAGUAAAGCACACCCACUUGUCACGCCAAACCUUCCACCUAUCCUCUUCUCGGGCGUCAACUUUGCAUUAAACGAUAACCCUCGAGUGUUUUCGAUUUUGCGUGCCCCAGUGGAGAGUUUCGCAGCCGACUCUGAAGACGAUGUAAACGCCGAGACUGUUGCGGAGAUGGCAGACCGAGGCGGCGAGGGCUUCUGGGCGGGGAACAGCAUGUCAGUUGUCGCCGGAUUCCAAGUCGCCGGGGGCGCUCGUGCAGCCUGGGUAGGAGGCGUGAGCGUGUUCAGUGAUGAAUUUGCCAAGGCAGAGGUCUCUCCUGGUAAACCCUCUGGCAAUGCCCAGUUCAGUCAAGAUCUUGCUAGCUGGACAUUCCAAGAAUCUCUAGUGUACCGUAUCGAUAGCGUCAACCACCGUUUAGCUUCUACCCCCGCGCACAACGCCACCAUCGCCCCUACUCGUUAUACAGUCAAGGACAACGUUGUCUACGAAAUCCACGUGUCCAAGUUCGACGGGCAAACUGGAGAGUGGACUCCCGAUUCUGGAAUCGAGGAUAUGCAAUUGGACUUUACCAUGCUCGACCCUCACAUCAGGGUUAAUUUGCCUGGGGUCAAAACUGAGCCUGGUGUAUAUCGCGUCGAGUUCCGCGCUCCUGACCGACACGGUGUCUUCAAAUUCAUUGUCGACUGGAGGCGAAAAGGAUAUACUUAUCUUGAAUCGUCGACCACCGUAUCGGUUGUUCCCCCGCGACAUGAUGGAUACCCUAGGUUUCUGUCUGCCGCGUGGCCGUACUACGUGGGUGCUAUUAGCACCAGCGUUGGUUUCAUUGCCUUCUGCGCCUUGUGGUUGCUUGGAGACAAUACUCAAAAAGUAAAGGGCAGGAGAAAGGUUGAAUAA